AAAUUUCAUUUAAAUACGGUUGGUUAUGAACGACUAACUUGUUAAUUUUGACACAUCAUCAUCAUCAAGCGUAAUGAAGCUUUUGUUGGUCACCUUAGUCCUUGCACUGUCAGUCGAGGCCAUCCUUGGCUCUCACUACGAAGCAAAGGCAAAGCUAUGGAAGCAUCUAUUUGAUGACUAUCACAAGGAAUUCGAACCCGAGGACGCAAAGAUCGGAUUCGGGAUGGGCAUCCAGUGUGCCAUGUAUGAUAGGAGGACCCACGUUGUCUCUACUUAUGUCUGGGAGAGAUACUCGUGGGUGGACAAACGUCUGACCUGGGCACCAGCCGAUUAUGACAACGUGCAAUCACUCAGGGUGAGUCCCGACCAUCUCUGGAUGCCAGACUUCAAACUCUACCACGGACAUGACGAGAAAGAAAUGACGAAGACGGUGCUGAACCACGAUGGCUCCAUCAUCUGGAUCCCACCAGCCAUGUAUAAGUCCCUCUGCGAGAAGGGCGCCAAUGACACCCUGCACUGCCACUACAAAAUCGGGUCAUGGACGGUUGAUGACGACACAGUGGGUCUGGAGAAAUGGGGUGCUGGGGCUAGCCUCGACUACUACCAGAACACAACCUGCCCUCUGGUGCCCUCUCUGGGUCACGUCGAGGUCAUACGCCGUACCUACCCCUGCUGCCACAACAUUCCAUAUGCUGCUAUGGAGAUCGCUGUAGACUACGUCUAUCAUGAUGACCAUGACGAUGACCAUCAUCACCACCACCAUCACCACGAUCAUGAUCAUGAUCAUGAUCAUCACGCGGCUGUUGCUAAACCUGCCCAUGACGACCAUGAGGAUGAAUGUUAAGAUGCUUUCGAUGUCAUAUGACGGUUUGGUUGCAGCUGCUGUGGCUGCUACAGAAGCUGCUGCUGCUGCUAAUUUUGUUAUCUUUGUAGUUAUUGUGGUUGUAGUUGAUGUUGAUUUGAAGAUGAAACGAUUGAUUAUGGACAAAAAAUUGCUUUCGUGACAAAAAAAAUUUGUUCAAAUAUUUCAGUACGUUAUUAUGAAAGAAAUCACGUCCAGACGUUUAAAGAGUUUGAGAUGAAAUGAUAAAAAAAAGUCUUUAUUGAAGUGUCAAUCAUUAAUUGAUCGUGUAUGCAGUUUAUAAUUUGCCUUUUGAUAUUUUUAAUGUUUCAUUUUCAACAUUUGCUUGCCUAAAAAAAUUUUUAAAAAAAUUUCACUUCUUAAUGAAAAAUAAACAAAAAUGACAAUAAAAAAA